ACAGAUGGAAAACUGACAGGCUUGUGCUGCAGUACUGUGCAUGUUUGCCCUGGAGGUUUUCGAACGGGUCACGUGACUGAAAACUAAGAGAUUCGUGGCAGCAACGUCUUACAAUAUGAAUAUUAAUGAGGUCAUGCUUACGUUACUUCGUAAUGUCUCUCUUUCGUCCAGUCAUGUAACUUAAUUAAUAUUCAUGAGCCAACUCGUCACCAUAGUAUGAUUCGCAAAUACACCGCAGCGUCCAACAGUAGGAGGGCAGUUGGCGCGUUUUGGGUGGUGCUGUUGUGUUUCUAUGUUGUUGUCCUCCUCCUUUUUCCUCACUGCUGCUAUUCAGCGCAGGAUGGCGGAGGCAGUCACGGCACAGCUAGACUCAUUCGGCCGCAAUUUCCAGAUCGCGGACCUUCAGGCGCUCCACUGCUCCCGCCAGGUACUGAUAACCAGUAGCGGUCUGGCAUCUGGCCAGGUGGAGAACCGUGGUCUGAUCUCUCAUGCCCCCAGCAGCCCCGCAGGAAUGGAGAGCAGUCAACCAAUCACCAUCACAGACGCCGUCACACGGCGGAAGAAGAAACGCAGAACUCGGGCCGCGGACAGUUUCACUGGCAAAUUUAGUGAUCUGUACAAGCUGACGGACGAGCUGCUGGGUCAAGGAGCUUAUGCUAAAGUCCAGGGCUGUGUGAGUUUACAGAACGGCAGUGAGUACGCUGUGAAGAUAAUCGAGAAGAAUGCAGGUCACAGUCGCAGCCGAGUUUUCAGAGAGGUGGAGACGCUUUACCAGUGUCAAGGAAAUAAGAACAUUCUAGAGCUCAUUCAGUUUUUUGAAGAUGACUGCUGUUUUUAUCUGGUGUUUGAGAAGCUGCGUGGAGGUUCCAUUUUAACACACAUCCAGAGUCGAAAAUACUUUGAUGAGAGAGAGGCCAGUCAUGUGGUCAGGGAUAUAGCACAUGCACUAGACUUUCUGCACAACAAAGGAAUCGCUCACCGGGACCUUAAGCCUGAAAAUAUCCUGUGUGAAUAUACUGAUAAGGUUUCUCCUGUAAAGAUCUGUGAUUUUGAUCUUGGAAGUGGAGUGAAGCUGAACAGUGCCUGUACCCCAAUAACUACCCCUGAGCUCACUACACCGUGUGGCUCAGCAGAGUACAUGGCUCCCGAGGUGGUCGAGGUCUUUACGGAUGAGGCUUCAUUCUAUGAUAAGCGCUGUGACCUCUGGAGCCUUGGAGUGAUUCUCUACAUCUUGCUCAGUGGGAGUCCUCCCUUCACCGGCCACUGCGGCACCAACUGCGGCUGGGAACGAGGAGAGACGUGCCGUGCCUGCCAGAACAACUUGUUUGAGAGAAUUCAGGAGGGGAAAUAUGAAUUUAGGGAUGGAGUCUGGGCUCAGAUAUCAGCCGAUGCCAAAGAUCUGAUCUCGCGACUGCUGGUGCGAGAUGCCACUCUACGGCUGAGUGCCGCUCAGGUCCUGAAGCAUCCCUGGGUGCAAGGGAAUGCACCUGAAAGAGUUCUUCCAACUCCUCGUGUUCUACAAAGAAACUGCAGCACCAAAGACCUGACACAGUUCGCAGCUGAAGCCAUCGCGUUCAAUCGGCAGCUGUCUCAGAAAGAGGAAGAGCAAGAGGACUUUGGUGCCGUGGUCUGCUCUAUGAGGCUCUCCCCUCCAUCUAACUCUAGAUUAGCCCGACGCCGAGCUCAGUCCCAAAAACUACGUGCCAAUACUUGACGCCUACCCACCGCACAGGUGCUCCAGUUAUACUCGUGCACACCAUGGUGCAUUAGAACCCUUCAUACACAUACGGAUGGGUUCUCAAGCAAACCGUAAUCCACUCUAACCCCACGUAUAUGCACCACAAGCUCAGUGCUACCAACAUGUAGCACAGACUAACCUUACACAUACAAACCAAAAACAUCAAGACGUUUCUAAUUUAUUUACACGUCUUUGUGAGUCAUGUGAGUUUUGUUUUAAGCAUCAGAAAAUGUGCUUUUUGAAGUAUUUAUUACCAAAUAUUUAUGGCUGGUGGUGAUUGUCAGUCGAAUAUAAAAAGGGUGCUCAGCUCUGAGGGAAUCUACAAAGGCUUUUAAUCUACAUUAAUAUUUAUAUUCUUAAAACUAGUUUUAACCAUUUUAAAAGCCAUUUGAGUUACUGUAAAGCACUGGACCUCUUGCUUUGUGACUUUUCUAUUGUUUGUUUUAUAUAACGUCUAGCUGUAGUGUACUUAUAACUGAGCGAAUAAUGUUUAGGUUUAUUUGAGCUAUGUAAAUCCGUUCUGUCUGAGAGUAACAUACCUUAAAAUAACUUUCUGAGGUGCAUCGCUAUGUAUGUCUUAAAUGGAAAUGCAAUCGAGAGCUAUUGCUGCUUUACUGAGGGUGCUGAUGAGGUGUUAUAUCAGAUAUUUUCAGCUCAGAUAGGUAGUAAAUAUUGCACAGUAUGUAUUUUUCAUGUCUUUUCAGAUUUCAGAUGAAUAUAUUUUUUCAUUUUAUGUAUAUUUUUUCAUGGUUCUGCUUUGUCUUUUAGAGUGUUGAACAUUAUUUUGUUGUAAAGUUAAAUAUUUUUCUAUGCAUCAGGGGAGUUCAGUUAAAGAGAUGUGAGUGUGUUUUAAUUUUUCGGUUUGAGUUUAGUGCAAAUUGUGCCAGUUUUAGGGGGCAGAGCUCCCAAUGUGCAAAAUAACGAAAUGACCUCUCUAUUACCUUUUGUAUUAUCAAAUUAUAAAUCAUACACGGUUGGUUUUUCCUGUUAUUUCUUGCUCAAAAUGCUAUUUGAGGUAAGAUGAAAUGGUAAGAAUUGUAAGUGGUAUUUAAUGUAUGUACAUUUAUAAGUAAGUGUUGGGAAACAUUUCAUGUGCCAGGGAUGACACUAGGGGGCGCUACCUCAUGUUAAUGGCUAUGUUCUCAGUAUUCAGUGCUUCUGUGAUACUCUAAUGGAGUAAAUAAGGCUUUCAGAAAUGCUGUCUGUGGAAACUUUGGGACAGACCACAGGUGUUAAUUUGGUUUUCCAGUUUUGAGAAAUAAAGUAGUUUGCACUGA